AUGGCCGGUGUGGCGGCGCCGGAGUGGCCGGGGACGACGGUGCCUGCGGCGGGCUACUCCGGCAGCGACGUCGUCGCGGCGCUGUGGCAGCAGGUCAAGUCCCCGGUGGUGGUGCCGCUGCUGCGGCUGUCGGUGGCGCUGUGCCUGGCCAUGUCCGUGAUGCUGUUCGCGGAGAAGGUUUACAUGGCCGUGGUGGUCCUGGCGUCGCGCCUGCUCGGGCGGCGGCCCGAGCGGCGGUACCGGUGGGAGCCCAUCGUCCGCGACGGCGGCGACCUCGAGGCCGGCAGCGACGUGGUCGCCUACCCCAUGGUGCUCGUCCAGAUCCCCAUGUACAACGAGCGCGCGGUGUACCAGGUGUCGAUCGGGGCGGCGUGCGGGCUGUCGUGGCCGUCGGACCGGAUCAUCGUGCAGGUGCUGGACGACUCCACCGAUCCCGUCAUCAAGGAGCUGGUUCGGGCGGAGUGCGCGCGGUGGGCGAGCAAGGGCGUGAACGUCAAGUACGAGGUCCGGGACAGCCGGCGCGGGUACAAGGCCGGCGCGCUCCGGGAGGGCAUGAAGCGCGCCUACGUCCGCGGCUGCGACGUGGUGGCAAUCUUCGACGCCGACUUCCAGCCGGAGCCGGACUUCCUGUGCCGCACCGUGCCCUUCCUCCUCCACAACCCCGACCUCGCGCUCGUCCAGGCGCGCUGGAACUUCGUGAACGCAGAUGAAUGCCUGAUGACGAGGAUGCAGGAGAUGUCCCUGGAUUACCACUUCACAGUGGAGCAGGAGGCCGGCUCCUCCACCUACGCCUUCUUCGGCUUCAACGGAACUGCUGGUGUAUGGCGCAUAUCCGCUUUGAACGAGGCAGGAGGAUGGAAGGACAGGACCACGGUGGAGGACAUGGAUCUGGCAGUCCGAGCUAGCCUCAAAGGAUGGAAUUUUGUAUUCCUUGGUGAUCUCAUGGUGAAAAAUGAGCUCCCAAGUACACUCAAAGCGUACCGAUAUCAGCAGCACAGAUGGUCAUGUGGACCAGCAAACUUGUUUAGGAAAAUGUUGAUGGAGAUCGUCAGAAACAAGAAAGUGACACUUUGGAAGAAAAUCCAUGUCAUCUACAACUUCUUCCUUGUGCGCAAGAUCAUAGCACACAUUGUGACGUUUGUGUUUUACUGCAUUGUUAUCCCCGCGACGGUCUUGGUUCCUGAUGUUGAAAUACCAAAGUGGGGUUCUGUCUAUAUCCCAACCAUAAUAACCCUUCUCAAUGCUGUUGGCACUCCAAGGUCAGUUCACUUAAUUGUCUUCUGGAUCCUCUUUGAGAACGUGAUGUCAUUGCAUAGAACAAAGGCCACUUUCAUCGGCCUAUUGGAGGCAGGCAGGGUGAACGAAUGGGUGGUGACAGAAAAACUUGGUGAUGCCCUGAGGAUGAAAAUGCCAGGCAAGGCAAGCAAGAAGCCCCGCAUAAGGAUAGGAGAUAGGUUGCAUAUUCUGGAGCUUGGUAUUGCAGCUUACCUCUUGUUUUGUGGAUGCUAUGACAUUGCAUUUGGGAACAACCACUACUACAUAUUCCUAUUCCUCCAAUCCAUAGCUUUCUUCAUUGUUGGCAUAGGCUAUGUUGGAACAUUCGUCACCCACUCAUAG